AUGUGCCAGGACUAUACUGACCUGAACAAAGCAUGUCCGAAGGAUAGCUUCCCGUUGCCCCAAAUCGACCAACUCGUUGACGCUACCGCCGGUCAUGAAUUACUCAGCUUCAUGGACGCAUACUCCGGGUAUAAUCAGAUAUUCAUGAACCCUACCGAUAGCGAGCAUACGACAUUCAUCAUUGACCAGGGUUUGUAUUGCUACAACGUCAUGCCGUUCGGCUUGAAGAAUGCGAGGGCAACAUAUCAAAGGCUCUUUAAUCGAAUUUUUGCCGAACAUAUCGGUAGCAUCAUGGAGGUAUACGUCGACAAUAUGUUGGUAAAAAGCCGGACGGCAGAAGAGUACCUACACAACUUGGCCCUUAUAUUUGGUAUACUUAAGGACUACCGAAUGAGGCUAAACCCAACAAAGUGCGCCUUCGGCGUAUCUUCCGGUAAGUUUCUAGGCUUCAUGAUCAGUUAG